AUGAGCCAAAGCAAAUUCCUGGGCACUGCUUCACGUGGGAAUGGGGACCGGUCAGGGAGCGGUGCAGGGUACGGGCUGCGUGUGAAGCCAGUGUUGGUGUCGGUGUGUGUGAUCUCCGCAGAGAAGAUGCCGAAGAGAGGCCGCGGUGCAGUGAAGAGAGGCCCCUCGCCGGCUCCUCCUGCGGUGGCCCCUAAACGCCCCACGGAGCCAGAGCCCGAGUGCCCCCUGAGCUUCCACAGCCCCGCAGAGCUCUUCUCCAGCCUCAUCUCUCCUCUGAGUCCAGAACUCUUCUUUUCUGAGCACUGGGAGCAGAAGCCGGUCCACCUGAGCAGAGACGACCCAGCUGUGGCCCGGUUCUACGGCUCGCUGUUCGGCGUGUUGCACCUGCCCCAGCUCUGCGGCGCUCACAGCCUGAUGUUCUACCGCGACGUUAACGCCGUGCGCUGCGUCAACGGCAACAAGAAAGUGCUGAACAAAAACGGACGAGUCAAGUACGAGGCACUUAACAAACUCUUCACGCAGAGCAAGGCCACGCUGCAGUUCCACCAGCCGCAGCGCUUCAAGGAUGAACUGUGGCACAUCCAGGAGAAGCUGGAGAGUUUCUUUGGAGCUCUGGUGGGCUCUAACGUCUACAUGACCCCUGCAGACUCCCAGGGCCUCCCCGCUCACUACGACGAUGUGGAGGUGUUCAUCCUGCAGCUGGAGGGGCAGAAGCACUGGCGCCUGUACACCCCCACGGUCCCUCUGGCCUCGGACUACAGCCUGGUUCCCCAAGACCAACUGGGGACCCCCUCCCACGACCUUGUGCUCAAGGAAGGAGACCUGCUGUACUUUCCACGAGGAACAAUCCACCAGGCCAACACGCUACCAGGAGAGCACUCCACCCACCUGACCCUCAGCACCUACCAGAAGAUGUCCUGGUCCGACCUCCUCCUGGACGUUCUCCCGGGGUUCCUCGGUGAGAGCAGCAGAACAGACGUGCUCCUCAGACGGGGAAUGCCCCAGCGCUUUUUACUGGGCGGCUGUGAGGACCGGACGCUGAAGAAGCAGGUGGCGUCUCAGCUGCGCCUCCUAGCGGACAAACUGGAGAAGGACACGGGACACAUGACCUCUGCUGGUCUGAGGAGGGACUUCAUCAUGAACAGACUCCCUCCACACUGCCCCGACGACCAGCUGCUUCCUGUGGGCCGGGUGCCUCAGCUCCAGGACACCGUCUGCCUGACCUUCAGAGACCACAUGCUCUUCACCCAGGAGCCCGCGCCCACCAACACUGAUGAGAGUCCUGAGACGGCCGUGUUCGUGCUGCACUCUCUAAGGAACCAGCGGAGCCUCCACAUGAUGAGUGCGGGGGCCCCAGGGAGCGAGGGGCCCGAGGAGGAAGAGGAGGAGGAGCCUCACAUCUCCAGUGGCCUGCAGUUCCCCCUAUCCCACAUGGGGGCGCUAAAGCAGCUGUGGCAGGAGGAGAAGGUGCUGGUGACUGACCUCCUAUUGGCCAAAGCAGAGGAGCAGCUCGGCCUGGUGGUGGCGCUGUGGAGCGAGAGCCUGCUCAAGGCGCUUUGA